GCUCGGGGAGCGGCGUGUGCGUCGUCGACGACAAGGGAGGGAGGGACAAUCGUCGCAGCUGGGGCCAUGUCGCACCCUCAGGCACCGCUCACCCCCAUGCCAUCUGUGUGCCAUGUGCGAUGCAUAUUAACCUCCCGUUCCUCCUAUCUCCAUCAUCGUAGUCUUCCGUUCCUGACCUUCUCGUGCAGCAGACUGCUUGCUUUGGGCCUCCAAGCCGUACAUCGCCAACACGACUUUGCAAUCUUUCGUCUCGUUGUGGAGUCUAGAUACGACUGACAGCUGCUCUGGACCUUGUAGCCAGACUUUGACUCCCUCCUCAGCAUACCACCUCACGCUGCAACGCUUACAAUGGCCCGGUCAAGCGCCCACGACGGUCCCCUCGCAAGGGAUCGUGAGAAGCACAGAGGCAGCUCUCAAGACCCGACUUUGCCCCGCACGCGUCAGGAUGUCUCCAACGGCGGGCACCAUCGCCAACAUCGCAAGCAGAAGGGCCCCGUCAAGGUCAAGCCUGCUGGCGAGAGCGGCCGAACCGGUGUCAACCCGUUCAAGUUCAUCAAGAUCGUCUGGAAAUCGACAAGCUACCUCUCCAGAGCAGUCAACAUUCUCUGGCCUUUCGUCCCUGCCGCUAUCGCCGUCAAAUACACCAUGCCCGACAGCCACGUCCUCAUUUUCAGCCUGGCUUACAUCGCCAUGAUUCCAUGUGCCAACCUCAUCGGUUUUGCCGGACAGGAACUUGCUCGCAAAAUGCCUCACAUGGCUGGUGUCCUCGUCGAGACAACAAUUGCCUCAAUUGUCGAAAUCGUUCUCUUCAUAGUCCUGCUCAAGGAAGGGCAGUACUAUGUCAUUAAGGCUGCCAUCCUUGGUUCUAUUCUUGCUACCAUGCUCUUGUGCCUGGGCUUGUGCUUCUUCGCAGCGGGUAUGCGGCAUGAGGAAGCCACGUUUGAUGGUGCAAUCAGCGAGGUCGGCAGCGGCUUGCUCCUCAUUGCCGGUCUGGGUCUUGCCAUUCCCACCAUCUUCCACACGUCGCUCAAUGCAGCUAGUGGCGACUCUGUGGACAUUUCGGUCCAAGAUAUCACCACCAAAACUACGCAGAUCUCACGUGUCGUCUCUAUCCUUCUGCUUAUUGCCUAUGCUGUCUUCGUCUGGUUCCAGAUGCGAACUCACCACGGUCUUUACGAUGCUGUCUUUGAGCAUGACGAGAACCGUGAUCGUGACGGCCACAAGGAUCUGGCCAAGGAGAAGCUUACCUUGACCGAGUGUAUCCUUGCACUUGCUGUAUCUGUGGCGCUCGUCUCGAUUAUCGCCAUCGCUCUUGUUCACGAAAUCCCGGCGAUCGUUCUCCAGGGCGGAGUAUCAGAUCCUUUCAUGGGCCUCAUCCUUGUGCCCCUCGUCGAAAAGGCUGCUGAGCAUCUCACUGCCAUCGAUGAAGCCUGGGACAAUCAGAUCAACUUCGCGUUGGCGCACUGCAUCGGCUCGACGAUCCAGACUGCCAUGCUCAAUGCCCCACUUGUGGUUAUCGCUGGCUGGGGCCUGAACGUUCCCAUGGACUUUGACUUUGAGAUCUUUGACAUUAUCCUCCUCAUUCUGGCUAUCAUCACGGUCGGCAACUUUCUCCGCGACCAGAAGAGCAACUACCUCGAGGGCUUCCUUUGUGUCAUUGUCUACGUCGCCAUUGCCGUGGCUGCGUUCUACUACCCGACCCCUAUCGUCGCGUACGAGCAUGCCGUUCAUUCUGCUGGCGGCGGAGGCCACUAGAAUCUGAAUCGUCUCAACGGUACUGCUCGCGUUGCAAUUAACCUGUAUCAGAGCCGGCUCCUCAGAGAUCGCGUCAGUCGCCAAGCCCUUUCCGGCUUGGCGCUAUGAUGGACUACAGAGUCAAUAUGGUUGCGUCUGAUUCGCAAGGAGCACGGUGCUCCGCAACAAAUUUAUCAUGACUUAUGAAUAACGAAAUUGAAUGGAUCUUCAAACUCUUUCAAUAUGAUCCCUGA